AUGGGGAAUGAGUGGUUUAGGUACCACACGGUAUGAAUCCUUUACUUUUGGUAUCUUUAAAGAAAAAAGACGGUUAAUUGUACUUAAAGGUGUGGACGUAGUUCUGAAUCCAUUUUACUUCUUGUUCCUUUUUAAUCUUAAUAACAGUUAUUGAGAGGUGAAUAUUAUGGCAAUUCAGUGGUUCAAUUCUGGCUGGACCCUCCUCUGAUGACAAGACUAAUUCGCUUUAAUCCACAAUCAUCCUGGUCUUCAUCGCACAUGUGCAUGAGGGUCGAGGUUUAUGGUUGCCCCGAAAAAGGUAAGGAUGUCACCUUGAGAAUCUGAAUGAUCUUCCAUUAAGCUGCCUAUGUCAUAUUUAAUCAUUCAUAACUUUGUUCACAUUGGUUUUUUUUUUUUCUCAGUCCCUUUUAAUCCUUUGUGGACGCGUGGAGUCGCCUUCCAGUCGUUCCAUAUGGAAGGAUGCAGAUUAUGCCUUUUAGUGAACCCAUUUGGCUUUCAGUUUUCAGUUUCGCACAGAGUAGUACUGUGCCCUUUAUUCACCUCGACGCUUGAUGAAAUGUGUUUGAAUGGGUUAAGCCCCGCUUAGAUGAUAAUGUCACGAUUAAUGAUAAAUGUCAGUCUUUGAUGCCAGCGCGCAUGUGACAAAUUUGCCCUUACGAUUUGACAUUUAGGUCUCAUGGAAGUUGUAUUUUGGUUAUGUUACAAGAAGACAAGAUAGUACUGGAGAUGCUUUUCGUGCUAUUUCAGCUUGUUUACCUAUUUACCUAAUAUUUUAUUUUGUGCUUUUUAAACAGAUGUAAGAAAUCUUGAAAAAUACCAUGCUAUUGGUAUGGAGAGUUUUGGGAUCAGUGAUUCACAGCUUUCCUCAUCCUCACAAGCAAAUAAUUCACACUCUGCCACAUCUUCACGUCUGAAUCAUCACAUUGAGGGUGGAGCAUGGAUUCCAGAAAAAUCCGAUGGUUUACAGUACCUUCAGAUCGACUUAGAAUGGGUGAUGAUCCUGACUGGAAUAGCAACUCAAGGGCAUCCGAAGCAGCAGUAUCGCACUUUAACCUACAAACUGAAGCAUUCAAUCAGCGGGGAUCAGGCUUUCACUGACUAUCCCCUGGUACGUAUAUAAAUACACUAUUUAUGUACUCUUUUUCUCGUAAUUCAUUACAUUUACCCUGUAUAAUUUACAACCUUCGCCAUUAGUCAUUUGUCUUCUUUAGAAAUAUCAGAGAGGUUGUUAUCAUUUCCAAGAGAGGAUUGUGCAUGACCGGGGAAGUCAAACGUUGUGGAAGGAUCAACAGUUUAUGAAUCUCUUACCUUUCUGAGAUGCCGUUUUGUGAGGAUAUUUCCCCAACAAUGGUCAGGAAAAGCAGCACUAAGAGUAGAACUUUAUGGAUAUGACGCCGGUAAAAAGACUGCAUCUUAAUUAAAACCUUUUUUAAGAAAAAUAGAGAAAUUUUUGACAGUACCACAAUAGACCAUAUUCUCAAAGUUAGCUUUAACUUUGUCAGUGUUCCAGCCAGAAAAUUCUGCUGCUUGAGGGCCAAAGUGGCCCCUACAACCCAUAUUUUGGGGGCCAGAUAUUUCAAGAGAGGGCCAAUGUACCAGUAUCUUUCUAAUAUGCAAAAGCGAAAAAACAGUUGGAAAGUUAAGGAAAUGAAAAUGGCAGUUUAUUUGAAGCACAGAUAGGGCAUCCCUUUUUAUACACAAUAGAGAAAAUUAUCUUCGGUAAUAAAGCAAACAGUACAAUCAGAAUGUAAGCAAUAAAAAUAGUAAGUAAUUUUUUUCAGCUCAUUUUCCACUUGACCAUCAAGAUCUGCUUCCAUUCGCUUCUUCUGAACUGCUUCGCCUCCAACCACUUUUUCGUGACUUAUUGAGAAAAAACUUCUGAUAGACCUCGAAGAUGAGUUUGUCAGGUUUAUCCUUUUUUUAGACGCCAUGACCCAUGAGCUUCUGCGAUAUUGUGUACAAAGGUACAGAGUCGUUGUUCUUUAGAUUAAAAAUUCUGUUUAAUUGAAAAAUUAUUGAGGCAAUUAAAAAGGGAAAGGGCCAUAACGGCCCUUGAAUGCUUUUGGUGGGGGCCAUCUCUCGAUCUUUUGCCGGAUUCUCGCAAUGGCGCACUCUGGCUGGAACACUGCUUUAUGCAUGUAUAGUUGAAGUUAGAGUGGUUUUCGUUUGAGUGUCGUAAAACCAAAACCAAAGUAAUUACUCUGGCCAAUCACAUAGGACACAGACAAUACAUUGAACCAGUCAAAACUCGAAGUAAUUACAUGUGGCUGACGCAAAGCGCAGUCACAAUUGGCUUUGGUUUUACUUCUGAUUGGAUGAAAAGGUGGCGCGAAUCUUUUAAGCCAAUCGCAUCGUGUAGAAAGUGCAAAACCAAUUACUUUUCGACACUCAAAUGAAAACCGCUCUAAAACAUUAAGCAAUAGAGAGGAUGACAACAAUAAACAAACUUAAACAACGACGACGGCGACGGGAACAACAACGGCCGAGAGAAUCAGUAGAUUUAUAUCAGCAGAACAGCAACUUUGUAAGUACAUCACGCUUUUUUGUACAUUUAUUUGCGUCUUUGCACGACUGAGAUAUGAAACUUCCUAAUUUAUGGAGCUGGUGAACACAACGCAAAAAUGUUCUUCUUCUUUUUCUUAAUUUAGAUACGGUCCUUUCGCAUUCAACCCCCGAAAAUUCGCCAACAUUUGAGUUCAGUUUUUAACUGACGUUUUCGAUUUGUUGUCAUCCAGAAAUUUUGCUACCAUGGUAACGUGACAUAAUGACUUGUUCUCUCUAUUAUUACCCUGGGUACCAGAGAUUUGUUCUCGCGUGUGACGAGGAGCUUCGUCGGUCGCAGGCCGACACGUCUUCGGCCUUCGGCCGAAGACACGACCGAAACCGGAAACCGCGCAUGAAAAGUCUCUGGCACCCAGGGUACUCUAUUAUUGGAUUUGGCUUUCGAAUGAUCUGCAUCUUCAGAUCAUGCAACAGGUAAUCCAGUUAUUGUUUAAUCGAUGUUAUGCUGCCUGUUCUUAGGAUAAUUCAGGAUAUAAAGGGACGAUCAGUGUUUGGAUAAUCAUCUAGCAGAUAUUCUUCUAGAAGUUACCAUCCGUCGGGUUUUAUUUUUGCUGUCUUGCAGUGUUUUUAGGCUGUACUUCGGCUAUUUCUUCUUUGGAAAACGUGUGAAAGUUUCCACCGUUUUCUUCAUCCUUCUUAAAUAGCUGAGCUAUCGCAACUUCGUUUUCAGGGCUUCUCGGUUGCUGUCACUUCUGUACUUUUGAGGUCAUUAUAUAUAUAUAGUAGGUAGGCAUGUACACGAUACCAGCUUAAGUGUUCUGUUACAACGUUUUUUCUAAGCCUGCUAUUGGAAGAUAGGACGUUAUUCACUAUCAGCCGGACCUACCGUGUACAAAGCUUCAUCCAAUGCAAAUCUUAGUCUUCCAGGAUACAGUCAUCUCCUUUCAGGGCUUGGAACUGGAGCAUGGUGUGCUGAAAUACAAGAUCUAAACCAAUAUCUUCAGGUGCAGUAUAGGAUGACAACUGACCAAUCAAAAUGUUAGGUGUUUUCUCGCUCACCAGCAUGGCGUGCUAAGAUACAGGAUCUAGACCAAUAUAUUAGGUGCAGUAUAGGAUAGCUAGCAACUGAUCAAUCAAAAGGUUAAGUGUUUUAAUGGCGCGCUAAGAUACAGGAUCUAGACCAAUAUCUUCAGGUGUGAUAAAAUAUUAGCAAUAUAGGUUAGCUACUGACCAAUCAAAAGAAGAGGUGUUUCCUCGCUCACCAGCAUGGUGUUCUGAGAUGCGGGAUCUAAAUCAUUAUCUUCAGGUGUGAUAAAACCGACAUUAAUUAGCAGUAUAGGAUAGCUACUGACCAUUCAUUGAAAAAGGUGUUCCCUCGGCCACUAGUUCUAUUUUGUCCAAAGGUUACGGAACGGAUUUAGCUAGUCAAGUUGACACAAGCUUCUAAAAGCAAAGUGGUGGAAUUCAAAAUAAAUCUGUAAUAAGGUGUUGAAUAUUCCUGCCAGGUUGAUCUGAGAGAGGAAGUUGUCGUUACUGGAGUGGCAACGCAGGGACAGAAGUAUUUUGACAGCUGGGUUUUGAAUUUUACGCUGGCUUACAGUGAAGAUAGGCGUUCAUGGAAAGACUACAAUGGAGCGGGGUAUGAUUCCAGACAGGUAUGGAUUUAUUAUCGCCGUAAAAGGUAGAAAACAAAGUAAAUAUACUUUUUUUGUUUUUCCUAGUCGUUUUUUUUAAAACAACUGUAGCUUAUUAGGUUUACUUCAAGUCUUUUAACUUGCCGUGUACUUCGCACUCACGCGCGAGUUUAAAGACACGCACAAAGGCGGCGGGACGGGGGGGAGGGGGCGGUAAUUUUAGCAACAGAGCAGCAAUCAUGGCUGGCUUAAGUCAGGUUAUAACAGAUAGACAAAUCAUCAUAGCAUGUUACAUACUACGGCACUCUUGAAGAUUUCCUCUCAGAUUGCUCAAGUUAUAAAUCGACAACAACAACUCUGUAUAUAAGUACCAAAACACUAGGAAAUUACUCUUGCUAUCUGAGACCUUAACAAUGAUUUCAACGCUUGCAUUACCAUGUACUUGUUUCCCAGGUAUUUUCAGGUAACCGAGACAGGGAUACAGUUGUUCUUCACUUUCUCUCACUACCUUUUGUAACACGGUAUUUGCGCUUUCAUCCGCAAAGCUGGAAUAACAAGAUUUGCAUGAGAGUAGAAAUUUAUGGUUGCGCACCAGGUACAUUUUAUACAAAUUUCCUUUAAUGAUGUUUCUUCACCUAGUCAAAAGCGUCUUCUCUAGCUCGGUAGGUUUUUUUUUAAUCGGAGUAAUGUUUCCAAGGUUCUCGUUGCUUAGUUUAAGCUAAACAAAUCUGGAGAAAACCAAAACAAUAUAGCAGUAAGAACAAAGAAACGUGGAGGGAGGGUGUUUCUUCAAGUCCGAACAAGAUCGUCUUGAGGAUGAAAAAUAACUUAAUCCGGUUUAAGUUGAUUUCUUCAAAAGCUUAUUAAUUAGGGCUACUUUUUUAAAACUACAAAUUAUCAAAAUAAAGUCAUAUGGUAAAGGUUAUUUGAACCACAUUUUUUUAGAGUCUGUCUCUUACUCUUCUUUUAUCGAUUAAUCUUAGUUUAGUUGGCCUUUUUCAGGAAGAAUCGGUGAUUCAGACACAAUUUUAGUGUGCAUCUUCUUUAUUUUCAGCUCUAUCGGGUUGUGCCGAUUGUAGUUCUCGUGCUAGAUGCCUUACUCUCGUGGAUAAUGAGCCUCCACUAUGUAUUUGUAAUCCUGAGUACAUUGGAGAUGGCAAAACUUGCCAAGGUAAAUGACUUGUGUUGGAAAGAAUUGUUUAACUGACAUGUUUUAGAGCAUAGAAAAUGUCGAAAUUUUUCUCUAGGAUCUCUUGGAUCCCGAUGACGUCACAGCAAAAAAUCAGACGCUGUAAACAACUGAAUGAGCGUUAGGAAUAGUGUUUAUAAACACUUCUGUUGCAAUGAUUUUACUCUGUCAAUGUUCCUGGAAAGGUGGCGAAAGUGGUUCGCUUCUUCCUCGAGUUAUAUAUUAAGGCAAUAAGCAUGCGUCAUUGGAGAGGGUUAUGCUUUAUCUUAUUUUAUCACUUAAAAUGGACAUUAACAACCCAACAGAAAGAUCGACAUGAAAUCAAUGAAGUUUUAAAAUUUUGGGCUCAGUGGCCUGUAAGUCUGCACAACACCCACUGAUGGAGGACAGAAAGAUAAAAUGAUCUGGACUGUCUUUCUAGUCAGCAUUUUGGUGUAAUGUGUGAAUAUCUGCGCUAAUACACCUUGUGUCUGAAUCACACAAUUAGACCGAGAUGAAUGUUCAAGUCCAAUCUAUCCUUGUGACAAGAAUUCAGAUUGUGUAAACACGUUGGGAAGUUAUACCUGUGAAUGCAGAUUUGGAUAUGCUGAAAAAAACUCCGUUUGCACAGGUAAGGCAUUCAUGCAACAAUCGCUUUCAACAGUUUAACCGCUGAAUGAUCGUAGGAGUCACGUUUGUUAGUUCUAAUUUUCUUUAUGAGGGUGUACCGUUGAAAUAAAUUUGAAGUUGACCAGUGCGACACCAAAUACGCGAAAAGACCCAUAUUAAAAUUAUCUUAAUCACAUCUAGUUAUAUAUGUAUACAAGUAUUUUGUCUUUCUUGUUCUUUUUGCGUUUGUUUGUCGCUUCUGGCCGUUUUCCCACCCAACUUUUUAAACUUUAUUUACAACGUCUACAAAUAUAUGAGGAUCACCCCUUGUAAGGGAAUCCAAGACAGUCUUGGAUUCUGGAUUCCACGUCUUGGAUUCGGGAUUCCAGGUACUGGAUUCUGGAAUCUUUGUCAGUGGAACUUGGAUUCUGGAUUUCAAUGGUUAGUAGGAUUCCGGAUUCCUUGAACUAUAUUCUGGAUUCGAAAGCCCAGGACUGCGGAUUCCACAGGAAAAAAUUCGCUGGAUUACGGAUUCCACGACAAACAUUUUCCAUGGUCAGCUUAUCAACGUUGAUUUUUCUGAAAUCUGGAAGAUGGAGAACGGGCUUUUUUGUUGUACUUCUUCCCAUCGAGCUCACUUUUAACGUUUGUGUUUAGCCUGAAAUGUGCAUAACUUCCUGUAGGUCAUUUAUCUUAUCUUAUCUUAUCUAUUUACUAAUUCAUUAAAUCAAACGGCCUUCUAUUCCCCUAGAUAUUGAUGAAUGCAGUAAUCCAAAGCGUUGUCCAUCUUACACUACAUGCAUAAACCAAGAUGGAACAUACAAAUGCGAUUGCGGCCAGAAUGGUGUGCAAUUCGAUGAAACUAAACUCCCAGGACAAGCAUGUGUUGGUAAAAUCUUUUUUUCACUUCAAUUCAAAUAGAGACGCCACUAAACCUUAAGGCGUGUCCAAUUUAUACAGUAGAUACAAACGACAAAAAAUUCUCUCAUGAUACGACUUGUUCUUUUUGCAAAUAACAGUUUUUACUAAAAACUACAUCAAUCAUUGGAUAAUGCAAUUCUAGAGCUCUGAUUGGCUUAGCUGUCAUCGUAUAUGAGCCAUUAUACCAUGCUCUACAAAUAUGGUAACUGUGCGCGUCCGCUCAAGAUUAAAAACAAGCUGAAAAUCGGUUAUUUUUACAAAUAAAGUCGGGAAGAAUUCUCGAUAUUUUGUGGGCGUUUUCAGUUAUUCCUCUCGCGCCUGUUGGAUAUGAGAUGAUUAUAGCCAACGAGGUACGUAACGCCGAGUUGGCUAUCUACCAUCUCAAAUCCAACGCGCACUCGUGACAUAAUUGUUAAAUAGUCUCGGGUGCGGAUAAUUCACCCUUUUGCAGCCUACGAUCAGAGUUGACAUGGGAGCCAUACAAAGACCUUCAUUACCCACUGGGCAAUAAAAAUGCGAAAGGACGAAUAAAGGUUGACCGGUAUCAUGUUCUACAUUUAGGUUAACGGAUCAGUUUCAACGUGUUUUGGCUAGAUCAUUUAUUUUUUUAAUUCAUGUACUCCAAGUUAGUUGUGAUUGGUUGACUUAAAUUUUAGUCAAAAGGCGUUUAUUGGUCGACUCGUUUUGAUGAAGCAAUCUGGUUGGCUCUGCAACUUUACAUUCUCUUUGCCAAGUAAUAGUGGAAUAAAUCAUGGUCAAUGUUUCUAGUCAUAAUGAAGAUACUGAAUAUUUGACUUUUUCCCUUGGCUUUCAGACAUAAAUGAAUGUUGGACAGGUCCUUUUCCGUGCCACCGUCUUGCAAGGUGUGAGAACACCCAUGGGUCAUACAAAUGUUUCUGCCCUCAGGGAUACACUGGCAAUGGAAGAGUAACUUGUGUUGGUAUGCCUGUGCUAUGACUAAGACUCAUUUCCAGAAGCCCUUUGUAUUCGGCAAUAUUAAGACCAAUCAUUUUACAACUUAACAUUUCCUCCUUAAAUAUUAAGCUGCCUGGAAAUUUGUUCUCCUUAGCUUCUCUUAAAUUUGGAAAAUUCGCAUGCAAAUGAUUAUCACCCACGAAACACAGUGUUUGUAAUUCGACGAAAUCAGUCUCAGAAUGAUCUGUGGAUUAAGAAACGAGGCGCCGGCAUCCAAGUUCAGUCUUAAGGUCGUCGGAACUCGAGAUGAGUCCAGAUGUUGAAUGAAACACUAUGCGGAGUGUUUGUUAUGGCUUCCCAAAUAUGGCAAUUAAACAAUAGCUAGCUCUGUAUAACGAAAUUUCCAAGUCGAUUCACAGCUAACAAAGCACAAAAAUUUAACAAUAAUUUUAAACAUCACCACAACUACAUAACAGAAAAAAAAACUAGUGCACUUUAUUGAGUGUCAAUGUAUUUAGCAUGACAGUACUAAUUGGGGACACUAUUUUUACGUUUCCUUCUGGAGACGGGACCGCCAUUUUAAGUGAUCAUCCCAGCCACGCAAAGGUAUAGCCAUUUGCAGGGCAAAAGCAGUACCUUAAUUUCUCAGUCAUUUUAAGACCCUGAGUGUUGGUCCGGCCACGGGAAUCGAACCCGCCAUCACCUGCUCUUCAGUCAAACGCUCUACCGACUCAGCUAAUCCUUGUAAUUUCAGAUGUAAAUGAGUGUAAAAAGGAACCCAGCCCGUGUUAUCAUGAAGAAAAUACUUUUUGUGUAAACACGAAAGGAUCAUACCACUGUAAAUGUAAAACUGGCUUUUCUCAAAAGGAUAACAAGUGUGUCGGUGAGUGUGGUAUUUUUUUCAAGUUUUUCCCUUUUGAUUCCUUCCUGUGCCCGAACAAAAAGUUUAUGGCAGGGGGAUUUUAUUUUUUCCUUAAAGUAAAGGAAUGUCUGACCGGUUAGGGUUAGGUUGGCCAUAAUUACAAAAAGAGAGAACUUUUUUAAUCAGUUAAAACUGAAUCUUAAAACAGUAAAAAUCACGGAUAAAAAACGACGUUUCGACCGAUCUUUGGUCACUUUCAAGUAAGUAAAAGAGUUAAAAGAAUUAGCAUAUAUAUAUGUGUAAGGUGUAAAAAUAUGUUAAGAACUACAAAACGUGUUUGAAAAUCAGUGAUAAAAGAGUGAAGUAAAGCAUGCAGAAAAAAAAAACAAUAGAAUCUAAUUAAAGGGCUAUUUCAAAACUUUUGCACGAAGUGAGUCUGAUUGUACAUUGAGAUGCACUAGAAUUAGUUCCCUUCUUUAAAAUGUUGAUUGCACAGGUGACGAAGUCACCGGCAUGGGAACGUUAAAAAAUGGCAGCCAAGUCAGUACAAUAUAUUUUUUCCACAGAUCGAACACUUUCAUUUCCUUUGGCGUUUUGUACAAGCUCUUCAUUAGCCAGUCCAGCCUGAUCACAACGCCACCACUGGUUUACCCAUGGAAUGACGUGUGAGAAACAAUCGCAGAAAUUCCAUACCGAAGACCAUCCCUACUCAGAUCUCGGUAAUGCUUCUGAUUGGUCGUGCCGCGUAGGAAAUUUACUUCAACUGAUAAGUAGCCCUGACACGUCAUCCGGUAUGGAAGUUCCUGCGCUCGUUUCUCAUACGUCAUUUCACGCUUGGCGGCGUUUGUAAUUGCCGGCUGUUUUGUCAGGCUAGAGCUACUUAUUAUAGAUGUAUUUUCACAAUGUAAAAAUGAUGAUGGGAACCGCGCGCUUUUGGUAUUACCUUCAGAUGAUGACGAAUGCAGUAGUGGUUCAGUUGAAUGUAAAUUGCACAGUGACUGUGUCAACACUAUUGGAUCUUACAUAUGCAAGUGUAGACAAGGAUUCUUUAGAAAUGGACCAUACUGUAUUGGUAAGCCCUGCAUGAUUACCACCUUGGACUGUUCCACUCUAUUCUCAGCCUUUGCAUAAUUUUACCUCUCGAGGUAAAUGACAACGCAAGAAAGAGAAAAAACUAUAUAUUCUUCAAUGUAACUAAUACUGCGUAAACUUCAGCAGUUUAGCAAACCAAAUCAGUAACUUGUAAAUGCUGUUCAAUAGGAUACUUUUUAAGAGUCAAUAAGAGGAAUGACGGACGUAUGGAGUAUUUGAAGAGGCAAGAUCAUGGUAUUGGUCAAGAUUGAAGUCUUAUAAUCCAAUACGUUUUUCCAACAAAACCCCUGCCCUAUCUAGUAAUACCAUAUAUGACAAGCAACGGACAUUAAAAUCUUCAAAGAGUUUGUUUAUUCUUCUUUCUUUUCAGAUUUCAAUGAAUGUUAUAGUGAUCAUGAUAAGUGUGACGUCAAUGCAUUGUGCACUAACACCGCGGGCUCAUACAAAUGCUUCUGCAAAGAAGGUUAUCAUGAGAAUGGAAACAGUUGUAUAAAGUAA